AUGGGGUCGCCAACACCAACCUACCAGCCGGCAACACCACAGUCUUUCUCGCCGUGCCCUUCGCCGAUGUCUUUCCGCAUGUGGCCACCGGACCAGCGACGUCCCCAGGCCCCCACUUGGGUAAGCAACGAACCUCUCAAGCGCCCGUCGUCCCGUCUCGGAGCUCGUCUCGGGGACCGUCUGGAAAAGACCGACACGACUACAUCAUCAGGCUACGUGACGCCCCCCGAGACCCCUGGCGAGAGAGAAGCACGACACAUGACGCCGCCCCCGCAACUAAGACGUGUCCGGCCCCGAAGCCCACUGGUGCCACCAGACCGCGGACGCAGAGCUGUGCGUCUUAUGCGCCGCACACCGCCGCCCCAAUCGUCCGAGUAUUUGGACCUGUACAACCCCAUCCGUUCCCCUUCACCGCGGCCGCGUGCUAGAGAGUCGGCCAUGGUGGCGCUGAGGCGAGUCAGCAGGACGGCCAACAGUCUGGGACAUUUGCGUGAGACACCAGAGACUGGGAUCGAUCGUGGCAGAGACCAGAGAGACAUGGAGAGAAUGACGGCUGACGGCGCGGAUUCGCCCCGCGAAGGAACGAGGAAGAAGAUGGCUUGGAGGAGGGUAUUCGGCGGCGCAAAGUGA